GGCCGGCGCACGCGCAGUGGGGCGGCGGCCGGGCGCACGCGGCGGCAGGAGCGGCGGCAGCGCGAGACCUCGGGCCGCGAGCGCAGCGCGGGACCCGCCGGGCGGCACCAGAAUGCCGGGACUAAGCUGUAGAUUUUACCAGCAUAAAUUUCCAGAGGUGGAUGAUGUAGUGAUGGUCAAUGUCCGGUCCAUUGCUGAAAUGGGAGCCUAUGUCAGCCUGCUGGAGUACAACAACAUUGAAGGCAUGAUCCUUCUCAGUGAGCUUUCCAGAAGACGUAUUCGUUCCAUAAACAAACUCAUCCGCAUUGGGAGGAAUGAAUGUGUCGUGGUCAUAAGAGUUGACAAAGAGAAAGGUUAUAUUGAUUUGUCAAAAAGAAGAGUUUCUCCAGAGGAGGCACUCAAAUGUGAAGACAAAUUCACAAAAUCAAAGACUGUUUACAGCAUCCUUCGCCACGUUGCUGAAGUCUUGGAGUACACUAAGGAUGAGCAACUUGAGAGUCUGUUCCAGAGAACUGCCUGGGUCUUUGAUGACAAAUACAAAAGACCAGGAUAUGGUGCUUAUGAUGCAUUCAAGCAUGCAGUCUCUGACCCUGCAAUCCUGGAUAGCCUGGAUCUGACAGAGGAAGAGAGACGUGUACUGAUUGACAACAUUAACAGGCGUCUAACACCACAAGCAGUCAAAAUCCGAGCUGAUAUUGAGGUGGCCUGUUAUGGUUAUGAAGGCAUAGAUGCAGUAAAAGAAGCUUUGAGAGCAGGCUUGAACUGUUCCACUGAGAACAUGCCCAUUAAAAUUAAUCUGAUAGCCCCUCCUCGUUAUGUGAUGACUACUACAACACUGGAGAGAACUGAAGGACUGUCUGUUCUGAAUCAAGCCAUGGCUGUAAUUAAAGAAAAAAUUGAGGAAAAGAGAGGAGUCUUUAAUGUGCAGAUGGAGCCUAAGGUGGUAACUGACACAGAUGAGACUGAACUUGCAAGGCAGUUGGAAAGACUGGAGAGGGAAAAUGCAGAAGUGGAUGGAGAUGAUGAUGCUGAAGAAAUGGAAGCCAAAACUGAAGACUAACUGUUCUGGAAAAUUUAGAAAAGAGACCAUACGAAAAACCGGAGACCCUGUUGCAAACACUCUGGGCUAAAUGUUUCCAGUAUUGACAACUUCAAAUGCAAAUGCUUGAAGUGUUUUACUGUUAAAAAAAAGGCCAAUAUGUGAAAGGCUCUUCUGAAUAAUAUUUGAUGCAGCAGCUUGCACAAAUUGAAUCCUUUGAAGUGAACCUGUCUAGUCAAGUUCAAGGCACAAAUCUGGCCAGAGGGAGGUUGAAGCCCCAUGCUUAACAUUUUCAUACAUAACAAUUCCUAAUUGGUGAUUUACAGCUCAGUGGAAGCACCAAAACAAAGCAAGCUGAACAGUUCUAUACAGAAUGUAUUUGGCUAAAUAUUGAAUAAAUUUCUGGGCUGUGUAACUCAAGAUUUUUUUUUCUUUUUCCUCUUUUUUUGACAUGGCCUGGAAUGGUGUGAAUAUAGAACCUGGAAAGGUAUGAUCAGUAGGUGACUCCCCUUUAACACUGAAAGGGCUUUCUUUUGCUUGCUUUAAAUCAGGCCAACCAUGCGUGGAACAAAAUGUUUUCUUGGAAGUUUGUUAACGCAAACUUCUUUGUAAGAGCAUUUCUGUUGUUUUUUAUGUGCAUUUACAGACAGAGAACUUUGAACAUAGCUUGUUACCAUUCCAAUAAAGUUAGCUGAUAAAUGAAAAAUGA